AUGUCUAGAGCCAACCUAGAUGCGGGAGCCGGAGGGCAAUUGAUUAAAAUCCCUCAAAAUCAAGUUGAAGCCACAAUAGAAGAAGUUGCAAAGAAUUACUCAUGGGGAGGCCGAAGGAAGCCUCAAGCAAAAAAGGGAGGAAGAUAUGAAUUGGAAAAAGUUGAUCAACUCCAACAUCAAAUCGAGCUUUUGAACAAGGGGUUGCAAAAACUAAAUGCGGGUGGAAAUGGCGGUUCAAGCUCCUCCCAAGUCAAUGCCUUCUCAUGUGAAAUUUGCGGUGGAACAAACCAUGAUACCUCUUAUUGUGGGGGUUUGAGUCCCGAACACAUUAAUGCUUACAAUACUAGACAAGAUGGCCCAAAAGGGAGUGAGGAGGUAGAGAAAGAAGGGGAAGAUAAGAAGGGAGAUGAGGAGGUAAAUGUUGAGAAAGAAGUUGGAGACAAGAAGUCCAAGGGUAAGGACCCCAUUGACACUAGAAAGUGUGAGAAUCCGGUACCUUAUCCCGGGAGGGUUGCGGAGCGAAAAUUGAAUGACAAAUUUGCAAAAUUUCUUGAUGUGAUGAAAGGUUUACACAUCAACCUACCUUUCCUUGAAGUGGUGACGCAAAUGCCAUCUUAUGAGAAGUUCCUCAAAGAUAUCCUAUCGAACAAAAGGAAGCUCAAAGAUGAAUUUAUUACGCUUCUACAUCAAGUUAGUGCGCUUGUUCAACAUAAGAUGCCAAAGAAGCAAAGAGACCCCGGAAGUUUCACAUUGCCGGUCAAGAUUGGCAACUUGGAAGCCAAAUGA